AUGUACGAUGAGGCUGUGAUAACUGAUCGGACCAUAGGAGCUAACCGACCGGACAUCAUCAUCAACAAUAAGAGGGAAAAGCGCUGCACCUUAAUCGACGUUUCCGUACCUGCUGACGCAAAUAUUGCUGCCAGGGAGAUCGAGAAAAGGUGCAAAUAUAAAGAUCUAGAAAUUGAAAUUGCGCGAAUGUGGAACACAAAGACCAAAGUGGUUCCGGUCGUUGUUGGAGCUCUCGGUACACUCAAGAUCGGAUUCGAGAAGUACCUGGAAGAGCUACCGUGUAGAGUUAACGUCGAGCAGGUGCAGAAGAUCGCAUUGCUGGGAACAGCCCACAUUCUACGAAAAGUCCUAUCUAUCGGACAAUAA